CGGACCCGAAAGGGCAUUUGAUCCUAAGCAUCUCCCCCUAAAACCUUAUACACAAAUAUAACAGGAAAGACACCCAUUGCACCGGCAGUGCUGUGUGAGUGCUCAAGGGAAGGAUACUCGUUACUUAAUCUCUGCACAAUGUCGGUUGCAACGCCCAUGUAUGAAUUGCCAAAACAAGUGCAAAUGCCCAGUGCCGUGGAAUUGCCGGGGUGCAUGUACAAAAUGGAACCACUGAACCGGUUUUCGAGUAAAGAUCUCGCACCCUCAUAUUAUGGAUCCACGUGUACAUCGGCCGCUCUUAUCCAGGGGAGUUCUGCAGAUGUAGCAGCACUGGAAGUUCGGCAAGAAACAGUGCUCCAGCGCCUGCGUGACCUCAAAUUACAACUGGAUAAGCUGCAGUCAAGCAAAUUUUCCUCUUUGUCUCCAUCUAAAAGCAACUCCACUGCCAUUGGUGCUGCAGCUCAGUCCUCGCCCCUAAAGCCAAGUCUCGGAGAGAAACAGGCCAUUGUACUGAAGGUGAUGGCUGCCGUCUCAGACCAUCUUCAAGAACUUGGUUCUUUGCAAUUCCACGACAUUGAGCAGGAAAAAGAAAUGGAGAGUGUGGUAGAUGUGAAAGAUCAGCACCACUCUAUUUUGUGUAAAUUAAGUGCCUUAAAAACUGAAUUGAGUAAAGUGUCUGAGCUACAUCCGAAACUAGUGACUUCUUCUAAGGAUGAAAGAAUUGCAGAAAAGCAGAAAAGUAUUUUGAAGGUGAUACGGGCACUCAAGGAAGAAGUUCACCGUAUUGCUGAGCUCCAGGAGAGAGAGAAGGAAUGUUCCACAAAACUGGAUGUAAUCACCCACCACAAGGAAGUCUUGAAGAAACUUGCAUCCCUCCAGGAGGAGUUGGUCAAGUUGUUGAGGGGUCUGCGUGACCUGUCAUGGGAGACUGGAACCGUACAUGAUUUGGUGAUAUCAGCCAAUCCUAGCAGGCCCCCAUACUUUUUGGUUCUAUUAAGAAAGCUUUUAAAGGAUGCUGGCUAUCCUGUUUAUUCAGUCAACCAUCUGCACUCUUCUGUUCAUCAUGUUGAUGAAUCUGUACGAGGAUGCUUCUCUGAUAAGCCACUUGGAGACCGAAACAAGCAUAACUUGGCUUUUACCGUUCACUGGAAAGAGGUUGAGGCACCAAACUUGAUGGUGAAUCCCUUGCGGCAAACUGUAAUAUCUGGAGAAGCCAACAUUACACGCUACAUAUCUCGACUCCUGCCCCUAAGUUCUUCCUACAAUUAUGAAGCAACAGGAACCUUUUCCUCCAUUGCGGAGACAGACAACCUUCUAGAUCAGUUAGCAGCUCAGGCAGCCAGCAAAAAUAACAAAGAACGACAAGGUGCACUCAGACAGUUAAAUGGAAGGCUUGGAAAGACUUCUUGGUUAGUCAACAAUGAAUGUGGUAUUGCUGAUGUAUUCUUGUGGUCUGUGCUGAAGCAAGGAGGCCUGAAUGUUGGAGCUCCUGCAAACGUUGAUAAGUGGUACAAAAAGGUCGAUGCCAUGGCCAAGCUAGAAAUAAAUACGUUGAACUCUCAGAAUGAUACAAAGAGCAAAUCAUCAUCACAGUCCUUUACCCCAGUUCAAACAAUGAAGAAGUCAGAUAACAAAAACAGCCUGACCUCUUGCAAGACUGAGUUUGUUGAUAGAAAUGGCCUAGAAAAGUACCUGAAGAGCUUAAACAUACCAUAUCAGGUACAAGACCAUGAAGAAGUCUUUACAGUGGAUGCCCUCAUGAAGAAUGUGAGUGCAAUGCCUGGCCUACACAUGAAAAAUCUCUUUCUGAAGGACAAGAAGAAAAACCUGUAUUUGCUUUCAGUUCGACACAAUGCUGAGGUAAAGCUUAGUGAGGUUGGAAAACAGUUAGGCACUAAGGAUUUAAGAUUUGGAGAUGAAGCCAUAUUGUACAGUACCCUUGGAGUAAAACAAGGGUGUGUCACUGCCUUUGCACUCCUCAAUGACCACAGUCACCAAGUCAAGUUCCUGCUGGAUUCAGAAGCAUUUAAUGACUGUCACCCUUUUGUCAACUUCCAUCCCAUGUCGAAUGCUGCAACCUUAGGAGUGGCACCAAAAGAUUUGAAGAAAUUUUUGAAUGCAUCUGGACAUGAACCGACAUUGCUAACAUUUAAUUGAAAUAGCCCAAUUUAACAUUGUAAAGAGCUAUGAAUUAGGUUGAUUAGGAAAACAGCUUUAAGCAGUUAUAAUAAUAAGUGAAUAGAAGUUACGUUGUGAAUAGAAGUUGUGUUUUGUAAAGAUUUUUUUUUUUUUUAUAUAUAUAUAUAUAUAUAUAUAUCUAUAUGCCAUGGUUGUAUAGAGAAAAUCACAUGUAAAAGGUUUGCUAUUUUGAACAUGUUAUUGAUUGUCAGAUUUCACAUUUUUCCUCAUUUUAAAUGUGAGGGUGAAAAAAUUUGUAUUUGCUCAAGUGCAUCAAGAUUCCAUGCAAUACCAUGCUUUAUUACAAUCCAAAUUGAACUAGGGUUUUAUUACAAUAUGAAUUUUUCACUUAUUCUUAAUACAGUGACUUGAUAUUUGGCUUCCACUGAUUAAUAAAUGGUUAUUUAUGU